AUGCUACGCAGUGAUCACCAAGCUGCUUAUGCUGCUGAUGCACCGCAUAAUGAUCCUACGCCUCUGGAACUCAGUCAGCAUGCACGAUCACGGGGAAGACCGGCGGAGAAUAUCAGCCAGCAUGCCGACAGUACCAAUGAGCUCUCGCAGAAGAGCCGCUCACCUGUCGACAAGACUGGCGUUGCACUGCUUACGUCUGCUGUUGGAAAAUCCACGUUCGUGUACUAUUCCACUGAAUAUGGACUUGUAGAGUCCCAGUACAAGACGGGGCUCUCCGCCAACGCUUCUGCCACCCCAGUAAAGAUUGCAAACAAUGCGAAGCCGACUUCUCCAAUCGCUGCAGUGGGGGGGCCUCCUGGGUUGUCAUUGUACCGGACUGUCUUCUAUUUCGACAAUGACAACCUUUUGAACUUCGUCAACACGACACUCAACAGUGAUUGGUCCGAACCUUACAUCGUAUUCGAGGACAUGAUUGCCGAGCCUAAUACGCGAGCACUCUCAGCAAUUGCAGGCAGUUGUGGCAAUGACGCCCUGUCUGGGAUUCGAGUAUACUUUGGCUCCAGCAAUGGUACCAUACAAGAGGUAGGGAUAUACUUCGGAGAGGCCAUAGGCGAAAACUUGGUCGGGCAAUGGUAUAAGUGGAACACAUUCAGUGGGACUGAUCCCAAAUCUGGAGUAGCAUCUGUCUUGUAUGUGUGGAGCUACGCCGAGAACAGCACAAAGUGGGACGACGGAGUUGAUGCUUCAGAGACUGACCGAGUUAUUGAGGGAGGUAGCAUCGCCGCUACAUCCGUGGGUGAAGGACCAGACUUUAUCUUCUACCACGCGGCGGACGGAACCGCAGUCGGAGCGCUUUGUCCACCAGGAGCUUCUUGCCUGAAUUUUGCGUCGAGACUGAAAGCUCUUGCACAGGCACCGGUGGGAUAUUCAAUUGCCGCGACUGGAGAUGGUGGAACAGCGCUUGUCGUGAAUCAGGAUGAGCUGAAGGCGUCCAACAUUCUGUUCACGAGCGUGACUCUUGGAGGCGCAUCCGACGGCACGAUACUCAGCACCUAG